UUUUUGUCAAGUUCUUUGCUCUACAGUGUUGAAGCUCUGAUUAGUGAUCUCCUUUGGCGUGUCAUUCACAAGAAGAACAUUGUACUGAAAUCAGACAAACACAGAUGUUAAGGAAAUGGAGCAUAUAUACUAUGACCAGAACAAAAAUAAUGGCGCAUAUAUUCUCCACAAACGGUUGCAGAUCACUUCUCAGGACUUGUAAGAUCAUUGUCACUUUCAAGGAAGUCCAUAAAAGCAUAAGCAAGAGCAGAAACUAGGUGAAGAGUGAAACAAGCACUUCUCUUGUAGAAAUACUAGCUUUCCAGGAUUUCACAUGGCUCAGUCCAUCAGUUUGCAUAGCCAUGGAGGAGAAAUUGCAGUGAAUUUCGAAAGCGGCGACAGCUCGAGUAAAGAAACCAUUAUGAAUAAAAGCAACACUCCCGGAACAUUCAAGAGACCCGGUGUCUCAUUCCAUGAAGUACUAACUGAAGUUCUUCGCCGACAGAGCCAAGACACGUCCGACCAGCAAAGCUUUCAAUCAAGAUCCAGUCCAGACGACUCUUCCCGCGAGAGCCCAUGGACCUCUAUCUGGAGCAAGGUGAAGUCUCGGUCAAUUCACGUUCAUGAUAAGGAACCGUGUCAACCAGAUGAUCACAAGGAUGAUUGGGCCGAAGAUAUCCCCGAAGAACUGAAGAAGAUGAAAUUUGGCGAGUUAAUGAUUCUCCAAUGCUUGAUUCUAUUAAUUAUUGUGCUUGCCUUGAUUUGCAGCCUGAGUAUUCCUAGUCUAAAGAGGCAAACCCUGUGGAAUCUUCCGAUAUGGAAAUGGGAAGCAAUGACUUUGGCUUUAGUGUCAGGACGCUUAAUAUCCAGUUGUGUGGUCCGGGUUGUCGUCAAAGUCGUCGAACGGGUUUUCCUACUGCACAGGAGGGUUCUAUACUUCAUCUAUGGCCUAUGGAGGGCGGUGCGAAACUGCCUCUGGUUGGGCCUUGUUUUGCUCGUAUGGCAUUUCGUUUUCAAUUCCGAAAUGGAAAAGAAGGAUGGCAGCAGUGCCUUGUCCUAUGUGACCAAGGUUUUAGUAUGCUUCCUGGUGGCAUCGGUGAUUUGGCUCUUGAAGACGCUCCUCGUUAAGGUCCUCGCUUCGUCCUUCCACGUCAAUACCUACUUCGAGCGGAUUCACGAGGCUCUAUUUGAUCAAUUUGUCAUCGAGACGCUCUCGGCGAAAGCAGCAAUGACGUACAAUGCAGGGGAGCAGGUAUGUGGCAACGCUCCCAAGACAACAGAGUUGCAGCAUGCUGCUUCAGGUGAUCUCAGGGAACCACUUCUACCAAAAGGCAGCAGAUCGAGGCAGAGUGGAAGAUCGACAAACCGUCCCCAGAUUGGAGGAAGCACAGAUUUAGCUGGAAGGAGGAUUAAUCAGAAGAGCGCAUCGGCUUGGUGUAUUGGGAGGAUGAUGGACAUCAUUCAGCACGGGACUCUGUCGACUCUGGACGAGAAGAUACUGGAUUCAAACAUGGAAGAUGGGUCUUUGAUGGAGAUCAGAAAUGUGUGCCAGGCAAGAGAGGUGGCCAAGAAGAUUUUUCUCAAUGUGGCCCAACCAGGGUCCAAGCUCAUUUGUCUUGAUGACCUGACGUACUUCAUGAAGAAGGAUGAAGCUGCAAAACUCAUACGCCGAGUUGCCAAAGACAGUGGUAAAAUUGACAAGAAAUCUCUAGAAAUUUGGGUGAUUAAUGCCUACAAAGAGAGAACGGCACUUGCGCGAUCUCUCAACGACACCAACACAGCCGUCGACGACCUCCACAACAUGCUCGACAUUCUCAUCGCUAUUAUCAUUGCCGUCAUCUGGCUCAUCAUACUUGGGGUACCCAUCAUGCAGUUCCUGGUCUUCAUAAGCUCGCAGUUCAUUUUGUUGGCCUUCGUCUUCGGGAACAGCUGCAAGAUGGUGUUCGAAGCUAUAAUCUUCUUAUUCGUGAUGCACCCGUACGACGUCGGCGAUCUCUGCGAAGUGGAUGGAAUGCCGAUGGUUGUUGAAGAGAUGAAUAUACUGACCACCGUGUUUCGGAAGUUCGACAACCUGAAGAUGAGAUACCCCAACAGCAUCUUGGCCACCAAGGCUAUAAGCAAUUACAACCGCAGUGCGGAGAUGCUGGAGACCAUUAAUUUUUGCCUGCACAUCUCCACUCCCAUGGAAAAGAUCGACAAGUUGAAAACGAAGAUUACGCAGUAUGUGGAAAGCCGGAGCGACCACUGGCACCCGAAUCCAUUAGUCCUGAUAAGGGACCUAGAGGACAUGAACAAGAUAACCAUGAUUCUGUGGCUCGUGCACAAGGUCAAGCAUCACAACACCAAAGAGAGGUGGAUUAGCAGAAAUGUCCUGAUCGAACACAUGAUCGAGAUAUUCAGACAGGACGGGAUCGAAUACCGGAUGCUACCCCUCGACGUGAACGUCCGCAACCUGCCGAGCCCGACUUCGGACCGGCUUCCUUCCAACUGGACAGCUUGUGCCACUGAACAUAGAAGUAACUAAAACUUGUAACGGCAUCUCUUUUGUUUUGUGCAAGAUGAGCGGUCAUUUGAAGUUGGGAUAGACGAGAGAAACUAAUUAGACGAAGGCGGGAUGCAUUUGAAUCGA